AUGGUUCAAAGGAUAGCCAAGAACAAGAAACCAAAGAGGUCAGCACAAUUUAAGUUCAUUAAAGAUCUAUUGUUGGCUGAUUUUAAUAACAGAGACCCCAAACGGAAGGAUCAAACAGCGAAAGAUGAGAAGAGGGAAACGGAGGUGACAGAGCAGAAAGAGGCCGAAGAGGCCGAGCAUGAAAUGGAACAUAUACUUAACAUGCUGCGAUUGUUUAUACACAUGGAAAAACUGAUGCUAUAUUCUCUUCUGGCGUGCCUCAACUGCUUUCUGUACUACUUUACUGUAUUCCCAGCACGACUCUUAUUCGGCCUCUUCGGUAGGAGAAAGCUGACGCGAAACAGCAAGGAAUACAAUAUGCUAGGUCUCAUCGGGUUGGCGACCAUGGUUCUCCUGAGGGUUGACACAUCGCGAGUUUACCACCGAAUAAAGGGACAAAGCGCUAUAAAACUCUACAUGAUGUUUGGGGUACUGGAAAUGUGCGACAAGAUGCUUUCGUCAGUGGGGCAAAGUCUUAUGUUAGUGGUCAGAGCCAAAAGAUACAAGAAGGGGCAGGCAAAGGCUUUUCAGACAAUAAUGCUCAACUUGUGCGCCUUGGCUUAUCUAGUAUGCCACGGAUUCAUCCUAAUGUAUGAGACGAUUGCACUCAAUGUAGCAGUGAACUCUUACUCCAAUUCGCUGCUGACACUUCUACUUUCAAUGCAGUUUGCCGAGAUAAAGGCCAGCGUCUUCAAGCGAUUCGACAAAGAGGGCCUUUUUCAGAUUACCAUCUCCGAUAUUAUUGAACGAUUUCAAACCUUCAUUCUGCUGACUAUUAUAGCCAUUCGAAAUUUGAUCGCAACCACUACUUCCUUUUCCACACUAAUUCCAGACUCGUGGUCUUGGAAUUCCACGUCUUCCACUGUCGUUGGGAUCCUAUGUGGACCAGUCAUCACAGUUGUUGGCAGCGAGAUUCUUGUCGAUUGGAUCAAGCACGCCUACAUCAUCAAGUUCAACCGUGUGCGGCCACAAAUGUAUGAUACAUUUCUUCAAAUAAUUUGCCAUGAUCAUACACAUAACCUUCAGAAGCUUCAAGUGCGACUGGGCUUACCAAUUCCAGCGUUAGUGGUCCUUUUUAUAGUUAUGAUCCGUCCUGCGCUGGAAGUCGGACUACUAGAGGUGUCUACCUCAAUGAUAGGGACAGUGUCUAUCGUAACAAUGGGCGUCGUGUGCUUAUUUCUGUCGAAAUUUGUCUUGCAUCUCGCAUUGACCAAGUGGUCUCAAGCGUUACAAGCUCAUGGUGGCCCGAGCUCACUUGUGGUCAACGAAGAUAUGUAUGUUCCAGGGCUUCUUCCUACUGGACAGGGAAAAAUAGACGAACAAGCACGGGCAAGGCUCUACGGUGUUGACGGCCGAGAUGGGAAUGAUAAAAAAUCCAUGAUUCCAUCCAGCUCGAACGAAAAACGCGCUCAGCACGAUUCUAAACGUAAUCUCAAAAGCGUAACACGUUACAAAAUGGUUUCCAAGCGGAUAUGGUGA